UCUCGGUGCCGGUCUUCCACAGUCUCUCUCUCUCUUCUCUCUCUCUCUCUAAACUUCUCUGUUGCGACGCGCUUUGAAAUUCAGAAAUUCCACACUUUCACCUACUCCGCUUCUACCUCGAACUACUAGUGGUUGGACUUUGGGCGAGCGGCACCAGAGAAGGGGAUUUGGAUCGGAAGCCGUUCCUCUCUCUGCUGCCGCUGCCGCCGCCGCCGCUGCUGCUGCCGCGAUCUUCGAUGGGCACACCGGCGUUACCAAGUCUCGGCAAGCAUUGUUGCGUCGAGGACUGCAAGCUCAUUGAUUUCCUUCCUUUCAACUGCGACCGAUGCAAUCAAGUAUUCUGUCUGCAACACAAAAGUUACACAAAACAUCCAUGUCCACUUACCAAUCAAAUAGAUGUGACUGUCCUUAUAUGUCCACUCUGUGCUCAACGAGUUCACCUUCAUCCAAAUGAAGACCCAAACAUCACUUGGGAUAUUCACGUAAACUGUGAGUGUGACCCAUCAAAUUAUCAGAACGCAACGAAGAAGAAACUCUGUCCAGUCCCCGGAUGCAAAGAGCCAUUGGCCUUCUCCAAUACAAUUCGAUGCAAGGAUUGCACACUCGAACACUGUCUCAGACACAGAUUUGCACUCGACCAUGAAUGUUCUGGGCCGAAGAAAUCUGAAACUGGCUUCUCAUUCAUAAGUGUUCUGAGGAGAAGUCUCAAGCGUGAGCUCACACCAAUUCAAUCCUCAAAUGGCUCGGUGAAAUGGUGCUUAAAUCUGCGAAAUUCAGCCCUGAAUUUACGUGCCUCGGCUGAAGCUGGAAUGCAGAAGCUAAGUGCUGCAACUAACCAUGCUCUGCAGAAGGCAAAAGAGGGUUUUGGUGCUGGUGGCCAACUUGUGGAACACUGCCUUCAAUGCCCGGCAAGAUUUUCCAACGUGAAUGCUCUCAUAGAUCAUGUGGAGAAAGUGCAUGAAGAUGCUGUACAGAAAGCUUGCGCUGUAGUAACAAUUGAUAUUUGCCCUCUCUGCAGCAAAGCAUUCAGGGAUCCUGUAUUGCUGGUAGAACAUGUUGAGAACCAUGAGAAUGCUACAAGCUGAAUUAUGUUGGUGUAGCCAUCUGAAACAUAGACCAAAUUGCCUCAGAAAUCAUAUUCAGCCAAAGGCUUAAGCAGAGCUGAUUAUUGGUAACAUUUCUGCGAUUUUUUUUUCCUCUGUGUGCUUUCUGCCAAGAGCUGUAGUUUUGUUUGCAUCUCCAGAAGGAGAUGGCUACAUAUUAUUAUAAAUUGUUGGAAUUUUAAAUUGUGGAGGUCAAAAUGGUCUUAUAGUUAAACAUUUAGGUUUUGUUUGGGACAACUUUCAUACUACUUUUUAAAACGGUUUUUUAGUACAAACAUUUCAAAUUCAAGAAAUUUUUGUGCUCGAAAGCUGUUUUAGAAAGAAAGAAGAAAGCUGUCUCAAACGAAACCUUAAGUUUCGUUUGGAACUGCUCUCUUACUGUUUUAUGAAACAGCUUUGUAGUACAAAAAAAUUUUUAAACGAAAAAAUUGCUUCAAAAAA